AUGACAGUCACCUACACGGCCAGUGUCGCCAAUGUGCGCUUCUCUACCUUCUCGAAGCUCCUGAUGCUAUGGAAGGGAAGCAUUUACAAGCUUCUCUAUAAGGAGUUCCUGGUGUUUUCCUUGAUGUACGGUGUGCUGAGUGUCACCUACAGGUUUGUGUUCACCGACAAACAGAAGCGAUACUUUGAGAAGCUGACGUUGUAUUGCAAUCAUUACGCAAACCUCAUCCCCAUCACCUUUGUACUUGGGUUUUAUGUCACCAUGGUGGUGAAUCGCUGGUGGAAUCAGUACACCAGUAUCCCGCUGCCCGACCGGCUGAUGUGCGUGAUCUCCGGCAACGUUCACGGCGUGGACGAGCCAGGACGCCUGCUCAGACGCACCUUGAUGCGCUACGCCAGCCUCUCGGCCCUCCUCAUCCUCCGCUCCGUCAGCACCGCCGUCUACAAGCGCUUCCCGACCAUGGACCACGUGGUGGAGGCAGGAUUUAUGACGAGAGGUGAGAGGAAGAAAUAUGAGAGUCUGCACUCCACGUACAACAAGUACUGGAUUCCAUGCGUCUGGUUCACUAAUCUGGUGGCCAAGGCGCGGAAAGAGGGGCGCGUUAAGGACGACUGCGCUCUCAAGCUCUUAAUGGAGGAGCUGAAUGUGUUCCGUGGGAAGUGCAGUAUGUUGUUUCACUACGACUGGAUCAGCAUUCCCCUCGUUUACACGCAGGUGGUGACGAUCGCAGUCUACAGUUUCUUCCUGACGUGUCUGAUCGGGCGCCAGUUUCUGGACCCCGAGCAAGGCUACGCCGGUCACGACCUGGACCUGUACGUGCCCGUGUUUACGCUGCUCCAGUUUUUCUUCUACGCCGGUUGGCUCAAGGUGGCCGAACAACUGAUCAACCCUUUCGGGGAAGACGACGACGAUUUCGAAACGAACCGGUUGAUCGACCGCAACUUUCAGGUGUCCAUGAUGGCCGUGGACGAAAUGUACCAGGACCUGCCUCUGGUGGAGAAGGAUCGUUACUGGAACGAGUCCAACCCUCGCCCGCCUUACACCGCGGCCACUGUCUUUGUCCUGCAGAAGCCAUCGUUCCAGGGCUCCACGUUUGACAUGACGAUGUCUAAGGAAGACAUGCACUUCCAGCCCAUGGAGGACAUCGAGGAGAACGGCGAGGAGGGGCGGAGGGGCCUCCGUCACCAUCACCACCAGCACCCGCACCUUCCUCAUCCUCACCUGCCGCUGUUCAACCGGCUGCUGACCUCGGCGGCCUCGCCGGUCAGCUUCGGGGGGCCGGGGGCGGCUCGCUCCGGCCGGCUCCGGCCCCUCCUGAAGCGACGGGGCAGCGGCUCGUCGGACGCCUCCAUGUACAGCUGCCUGUGCCAGGACACCCGGUCCACCGCCUGCUCCUGCGGGACCUGGGGCGACCGUCACCAGCCGCUCGGCGAGGUCCGGUUCCUCUCUGAGCUCAGGCCGGGAGGAGGAGGUGGGGGGGAGGGAGCCGGGGGCCGGGGACUCGAGGACCCGGGAUCACCGGCCGGCUCGGAGAAAGGGCCCCCGGGGGUCGGAGCGGGGGAGGGGAGGGGGGGCUCGCCCCCCAGCCCGGGGGUCCCUUCCGCUCCGGCCGGCCCCACAGUUUCUGACUGCGACCCCCGGCGAGCGCCGGGCAUGGGCCCGUCGCACGAGGAUGAGGAGGAGGGGGGGGAGCUUGCCAGGCCCCUGCUCGCCCCCCGGGGUGAAGGAGGACCCGCUCCCGAGUGGUUCCCGACUGGCAAGGGGUCGCUACGCCCGGGCGAAGACUUGCUGGGGGCAGAUCUGGUCACCUUGCACAUCUCGGAGCCGCUCCACGCCAACGGGACCCCCAGGGUCUCCGGCGAGACCCCCUGCGAGAUCUGA